GCGUCGAACAGUACAAAAGAAUUUCUCACUAGGAGAAUCAAGAGUACAGUAUUCAAUUAUACGGGUCUACGAUGUUAAAAAAUUUGCGAAUACGAAAGCUUGCAAAAUUGCUGUAUAAUUAAUUAAACGCUUAUCAUAAUUGAUUAAGGCUACGAAGUUAGUUCAGAGAGUGAUUGGACACUUUUAUAUACGAAUUGUAAAGGUGCAUGGACCACAUAAAUUUAAAUGAAUAUAAUGCAGUCUCAAUUAGCAACAACCCCUCGAAAAUUACCAGUGUUUGUGUUUCCCCAAAGUAUCACUUUCUUUUUAGACGAUCAGUCUACUCAUAAACAAGUUUUGACUUUAUAUAAUCCAUAUGAUUUUCCCAUAAGAUUUAAAGUAUUAUGCACUGCACCAAAUAAGUAUAAAGUUGUUGAUCCAGAAGGUACAAUUAAAGCCAGAUGCUGUGUCGAUAUUGUUAUCAGACAUACUUCCCCUUUGUUAAACAAUUGCAAUGUUAUAGACAAAUUUAAAAUACAAAUGCAAGAACAUCCAACUAAGCAGGCUAUAGGAAAACGAUAUGUUGAAGCUAAACUUCUUCCUGGAACAGCAGAUACAGCUGGGAGAUCUACUCCAGAUCCAGAAAUGUUUCAACAGCUGCCUGUUAAUGAAAACAGACAGCAGCAGUCUUAUCCACUUAUAGAUCAAAAUAAAGCAAUUGAUAAAGGAGGAACAAAUUAUGUAGCACUGAUUGCUGGAAUCAUAUGUAUAGUUGGAUUACUUCUACCUACAGAAGGGGAACAGAAUAAUAGAGUGCCUGAUUACCUUCACCUUUCCAUAAACUUUAAAUUAAUAUUUUCAUUUGUAUUAGGUAUGGUUACAAUAAUUAUUUUAAGGCUAUAAUUCUCGGCUUUAUACGUGUGAAAAAAAAAUUAAUACAGUGAUUCAA